AUGAUGGUUCUUGGAGCAUUGGCUCCAGGCGGUCACUGGCGACGGAUUUGUGACCUCGCCAGGACUUUUGGCCUCUCUGAAAGCGCUUUCCUCAGUGCUUUCCUCAGUGCUUGCAAUGAUUGGCGUUUGGCUUUGGUGGUGCUUCCUCAUCAUCCAGAUGCUACUGAAGUGGCCGCAGCCCAGAGCUCUUGCGGCACUUGCCGCCAAUGGCGGCGAGUCUUGAGACUUCUGGGUUCCUUGCAACUCUCCCGGCAGUUUGCAGAUGUUUUGGUGAAUGCGUUGGCCUGCGAUGCAGCCUCUAGGCAGAGCCCUGCAACUGUAGCAUCGCUUCUUUGGCAAGCUGAUUUGACUGCCGCACGGUGCCUGAAAAUGUGCGCCUUGCUGAGCCGGGUGACGCUGUGCAGCUCAGCUCUCGUUUGUUUGCGUGUUUCUGAAAGCGUUUGA